GCAGUAACGACGUCACACGGUGGGAAUGCAGUGAGGAUCUGCGGCCGCCGCUGCUGCUGCUAAAGGCCUCUGGAUCCGGGACAAAGUAGGUUAGCGACGCCGAAGCAGAAGGAAAGUUUCUCCGGGACAACUUUCCCCGGCCUGGGAGCGUUUGGAUGGAGGCGUAGGUCGUGUUGGUGUGGCUCAUUUCACACGAUGACACCGAAGGAGAGAGGAGGCUCUCUGUAACGGUACUGUGAAAGACACCUGCCAUGUCCGGUCCCACCUGGCUGCCACCGAGGACUCUGGACAGCCCAGAGCGAGCCGCCCCCCAGAUGUCCCACUCUGCUGGUGGAGCAAUUUAUCGAGCCCCUAUGAAGAAGGGCACGCCCGAUUUCAGACCAAAAUAUGGUCCUUACGAUCAGAAUGGAGGAGGAGGAGGGAUGGCCAACAGGUACAUGGCAACUGGGCCCACAGGUGGACCCAUGCAUCAUUCAUCUGGUGAUCACUAUUACCCGUCUCCACACGGUCCCAAAGAAGACCGCAGUUGGAGCCCUCACAUGGACAGCUACGAGAUGAUGCAUCGUGGCCCAGAGAAGCCAGCAAACUAUCACUCCAAAAUCGAUGCUGAAAUUGACUCCCUCACCAGUAUGUUGGCUGAUCUGGACAGCCACCCGCAGGACUCCAGCACUCAACUCUAUGACAACGUGCCUUACAACAAAUACCUCUCAGCGGAUCACUACAAGCCUGCACACCAGAGCGCUGCCCCUCCUCAGGGUCGCCCAUCCAUGAGCUACAACCCUCACCCCCAAAGCCAAUACCACCCAGCACCUCCCUACCCCAAUGAGCAUCAGACACCUCAGUACUCCACCUCCCACCAGCAGGACUACUACACCACUUCUACCCCUAAACCUUACCCUCAGCCCGUCCCAGCCUCCUACACCACAGCGUCCACUCCUACGGGGCCCAGGUUCAGCGUCCAGGUCAAGACAGCGCAGCCAGUCACCUACUCUCAGACAGGGAGGCAAGCUGAACAGGCAUACACUCCGCCUCCUCCUCGCCAGCACGUGUCACGACCCCCGCCCCAGACUCAAACCGCUCCCCAGGGCUGGUACCCUCCACAUCCCGGCUCACAGGUUCAGGAGAUGCACUCUGAGGGGGGGUAUAAGGGGAGCGGCUCAGGGUCUGGAGGAAGAGUUAACCAGCUUCCAGUGUCUAAGAGAGCGAUGGAAAAUCAGACCGGGCCAGCAGCCGCACAGGGUCCGGGUUAUCAGUCGAGCAAGCAGGGGGCAGCAACGACCAGGCCUGAGGAAGAGCUGGAUCGGCUCACCAAGAAGCUGGUGUAUGAUAUGAACCACCCGCCUGCUGAGGACUAUUUUGGUCGCUGCGCCCGCUGCGGAGACAACGUGGUCGGCGAUGGCAGCGGCUGCAUCGCCAUGGAGCAGGUUUUCCACGUGGAGUGUUUCACGUGUAUCACCUGCCACGCACGUCUGCGAGGGCAACCCUUCUACGCUCUCGACAAGAAGAGUUACUGCGAGAGCUGUUACAUCAGCACACUAGAGCGCUGCUCAAAGUGCUCCAAACCCAUUCUGGACCGCAUCCUGCGAGCCAUGGGGAAAGCCUACCACCCUCGCUGCUUCACGUGUGUCAUUUGUAACUGCUGUUUGGACGGUGUGCCCUUCACAGUGGACGCCACGUCUCAGAUACACUGCAUAGAGGACUUUCACAGGAAGUACGCGCCGCGCUGCUCGGUGUGUGGGGAGCCCAUCAUGCCCGAGCCAGGGCAGGAGGAGACCGUCAGGAUUGUAGCCCUGGACCGCAGCUUCCAUGUUAAUUGUUACGUUUGUGAGGAAUGUGGUCUCCUGCUGUCGUCUGAAGGCGACGGUCGAGGCUGUUACCCGCUGGACGGCCACAUCCUGUGCAAGAGCUGCAGCGCACGCCGCAUCCAGGACCUCUCGGCCAAAAUCUCCACCGACUGCUAACGAAUCUCUACCUGAACCUCCUCGCUCCCGGGCUCACAGAUCCACGGACAGCCGGCACAUUAUUGAUAGCAGCUUGUUCACUCACAGUGUCGGUAGAAAAUCGUUACUUUUACUUCCUCCUCACUAGUGUUCGGCUUCUCCCGCUUCAUUUCCUUUACUCUUUGGUACAUCGUUUGUAAUGUUUAGCUCAGCGUUUGUACGACAGUGGCCUGACCUGCAGGCAGCUUGGGCUCCACUCUAUCAUUCAUCCACUCCGGUACUGCCCACAUAUUCCUUGCACAUUUCAUUUUAUUUUAUUUUUAACACUUUCAAAGACAAUGAAAGCACACACGGAUGUCACAGAUUUCAAUCUGAAAAUAAGGAUAUUUUUCCAGAUAAGGGACACACUUGAUAAUCAGGAUUAUGGUUUGUCUGAACCAGGCUAGAGAGUAGGCAGCGUUUUACGUCAAAAUGCAUAUUAAAAGCACACAAAAACAACUGUGACUGUACAUAACAGGUGGGUUUGAGUGAAUCUGCUGCGGGUUGUUGUGGAACACGUGUAGCCUGUAGUGCAGUGCGGUGGCGUAGCCUGAUAGAGCAGGAAAUGUAGACGAAAAGAAUGUGUAGCAGUUUGACAGCCUAUAGCUUAUUUUUCUUUAGAACGAGAUUUGUCACGACAGAUUCUUUGUCACGCUUCUCAGCAUUACAGCAUCAUGUUACUAGUCGCUUACUCAUAGCUUGUAAUAAGACUCUUUUCUCUCUUUUUUUUUUUUGCCAUUUGUGAAUGUCUACGAAACACAAUCUUUGUUUGAUGCUUGUUUGUUUGAUACUUGACAUGUUACAUUGAAAAUGACGGUGCAAUGAAGUCAAACUCACUUUGUCUAAUGGAAAACAGGGUGUGGCUCACUUGCGAGGCAUCCUGGUGUGCAAAAGCUCAAAGCCUCUUGUAAAGAGUUUGUUUAAUGUGCCAUUUGGGGAAACGUUAAAAAGGAAAAAAGCAUUUAAAAGUGAUAAUCUGUUUAAAGGGGCAGAUGAAUUAUGGAUUAUCGUAGUUACGGUGCGUUCACACCAGACGCCAAGCAGAGGUUUCGCUCAUUACACUUGCAAACAGUCUACGAAAUGAGGCGGAUUGAUGCAGAUUUGUACCGGGCGGCGUGAAAAGACUUAAAUGAGUUAAAAUAUUUGAGCUUUCACGCUGCAGAAGCAAAUCAUUCACAAGUUUUUAAUGCGGCUACAUUCAUGCGAGCGACAUGAAGCAAAACUUGUGUUUCUCGUUUGGUGUGAAGGCACCGUUAGGGGGUAAUGAGUGCUGAAUUUAAAGGGGACCUAUUGUGCUGUCAUUUUGAACUCAAGUAGAGCAGCUUUGCAUGAUUCAGUCUGAAAUAAUCAAAAAGUUACUUUCUCUGUCUGAGCUGUUUUUGCGCCUCCCCUUCUUUUAAAACCAGCUCUCUUCUGAUUGGCUGCCCCUCACAAACAAAUGGUUAGACCAGCAGCUGGCUUAUGUGCCUAUGAUUAAGCCUUUUCUAUGACAUCACCUACAGUUUAGCACAGUAAUUGGAAAUAAAGAAGUAAAGAAAAGCAUGAUAGGGUCCCCUUUCUUUUAAGGUGAUGACUUUGUUUGUCCCCCUUAAAUGGAUUUUUUUGUUUUCGAUUACAAGUCUUCAUUUAUGGAGGCAAAGUAGUCAUACUCUGAGCCUUUGGAGCUACAGUAUUUGUUAUAAUUGUGUUUAACCUCUUGUCUCUCCGUCCGCAUUUUGUACGUGUUUAACUUAAAGGGCUAGAAAUGUGAAAGCCUUACCUCAAGGAUGUCAUUCAGCUCCAUAACUGUCCUGAUUUGAAACUGUUUUUGUGUUUCUGUGAAUUCUGCUUUUGUUUCGGUGACACAACACGAUCACUUUAAAACG